AUGCCGGCAGUAUUAAAAGUGGCCACUCCACAUUUGCAACCUGGAGAGGCCAAGCUAGCCAUGCGCCUCGCGGAGGCGUCAGAUAUACCGUGA